AAAACAAAUUUUAAUAAAGAGAAAUCAAUGUCACAUUCGUUUCAACCUUAAAAGCAUCUAUCAUAUCAUAUCCACAAAGAAAACAAAAAGAUUACUCAGUGACUGCACCUUUGAAAUAUAGAAUCUAUCAAAAUAAAAAUGGAGUCAACGUUGGCAACCAAUGCAUCACCGAUGAUCAAAGUCGGUGCCAUUUGCGGUUCUCUUCGUAAAGCUUCUUACAACCAUGGCCUCAUCCGUUCCGCUAUUGACAUAGCCAAAACCUCAGCAGAUGGAAUGUCCAUCGAAUAUAUCGACAUCUCACCAUUGCCAAUGCUCAACACUGAUCUUGAGAUCGACGGUAAAUACCCACCAGCAGUCGAGGCUUUUCGUAACAAGAUUCUAGAGUCAGAUUGUUUCUUAUUCGCUUCUCCAGAAUAUAAUUACUCAGUGACUGCACCUUUGAAAAAUGCAAUAGAUUGGGCAUCAAGACCACCAAAUGUAUGGGCUGAUAAGGCUGCUGCUAUUAUUAGUGCUGGUGGUGGUUUUGGUGGCGGAAGGUCUCAAUACAUUCUUCGACAAAGUGGUGUUUAUUUAGAUUUACAUUUUAUUAAUAAGCCUGAGUUCUUUCUUAACGCGUUUGAAUCGCCCCCUAAGUUUGAUGAUCAAGGUAACCUUAUUGAUCCUGAUUCUAAGGAGAGGUUGAAAUCUGUCCUUUUGGCACUUAAGGCUUUCACUUUGAGACUUCAAGGCUCAAGCUGAGUAAUUUCUAAAGCCAAACUGAUGUUUAAUUCCCUCGGUCUGCAGCCUUUAUUUGAUUCUAUUAUAUAUUGUUAGAUAUUUGUACGUGUUUGUGUUUGUAUGAAUAUGAAUUGGAGCCCAUAUGUUAAUUUUA